AUGGCUGUGAUGGAGCCAGCUCAGAUGCCAGUGACCUUUGAGGAGGUGGCUGUGUAUUUCACCCAGGGGCAGGGGGCUCUGCUGGACCCCGGUCAGAGAGCCCUCUACAGGGAUGUCAUGCAGGAGAACUAUGAGACGGUGACCUCACUGGCAGGAUUUCCUGUUCCCAAACCUGACCUGAUCGCCCGACUGGAACAAGGGGAAGAGCCGUGGGUCCCGGAUCUCCAGGCCACAGAGGAAGGGGAGAGCCCGAGAGGCACCCGCACAGGCAGUGACUCCUGUCUGGAUUCUCUCUCCCCAGCAGGUGAUAGGACAGUGAGUGAGAACAAGGAGGAGAAUCAGCAGCAGGAAGGUCCUGAGAAAGUGGAACCGCAGGAGAGGUUUUUGAGAAGAGCUGAAGGGAAUUUUUCCCAGUGCUUGGAACAGGAAAAAGCCUGGGGAAAUCGGUGCAGGUCAGAGAGGCAGCUGAGAAACUAUUUCAUUUAUUGGGCGGAUGAAUCCAUUCAAUAUGGGGGAGGAUGCAAAGAUCCCAAGGAAACCACAGCCCCACAGACAUAUCACCAGGAAGAGAAACCCUAUAAACGCCUAGAGAGCGAGAAACCCUAUAAAUGCUUGGACUGUGGGAAAACCUUCAGUAAGAGCUCAGACCUUAUUAAGCAUGGUAGAAUGCACACAGGGGAGCGACCUUAUAAAUGCCUGGACUGUGGGAAAACCUUCACUCAGAGCUCACACCUUAUUACACACCAGAGGCUGCACACAGGAGAGAGACCAUAUAAAUGCCUUGAGUGCGGGAAAGGAUUCAACGUGAGAUCAAAUCUUAUUAAACAUCAGCAAAAUCACACAGGAAGGAAACCCCAUAUUUGUUUGGAUUGCGGGAAAUGUUUCAAUCACAGCUCCUACCUUAUUACGCAUCAGAGACUGCACACGGGAGAGAGACCCUAUAAGUGUCUUGAGUGUGGGAAAAGUUUCAGUCAGAGCUCUAGUCUUAUCACGCAUCUGAGAACCCACACGGGAGAUAAACCCUAUCAGUGCCUCGACUGUGGGAAAAGCUUCAAUGUGAGAUCACAACUUAUUAUUCAUCAGAGAAUCCACACGGGAGAGAGACCUCAUAAAUGCUUGGACUGUGGCAAAAGCUUCAGUCACAGCUCACACCUUACUAAACAUCGGCGAAUUCACACGGGAGAGAGACCCUACAAAUGUUUGGACUGUGGGAAAAGUUUUAGUCAGAGAUCAGCCCUUAUUAGACAUCAGAGAAUUCAUACGGGAGAGAAACCUCAUACAUGCCUCAACUGUGGGAAAAGAUUCAUUCAGAGAUCACACCUUAUCACACAUCAGACAAUCCACAUGGGAGAGAAAACCCAUAAAUGUUCGGACUGUGGGAAAAGCUUCAAUAACAGCUCCUACCUCACCAAACAUCGGAGAAUCCACAAGGUAGCAGCACAGUCAUCCGAGAUCCUGCUGCAGCAGGGUCCGCCUCCCAGCAGCUCACUGGGCAUCUGCUGCCUGCUUCAGUUCCUGUCCUUCUCCAUCUCCAUCCUGUCCUUCUCCAACCCCUGGCUCUGCUUCCUGAACAUGCUUCUGGCAUACCCAUUGACUCUGGCUUUCAGCCUUUGA